AUGCAGCCGGGUGCGGUGACGUUCAAGGACGUGGCGGUCUACUUCUCGCCCGAGGAGUGGGUAGAGCUGGCGGCGUGGCAGCGGGAGCUCUACCACGAGGUGAUGAUGGACAACUGUGACCUGGUCGCCAGCCUGGGCUGCGAGUCCAAACUCAUCCACAAAAUGGAGCCCGGGGACGAGUCGCGCGGGGCGGUUCCCUACGGCGCGGGCGACGGCGGAGCUCCUGACGCCUCUGGCACCUCUGCCUGGGGCGGGACGGCCGGCGAGGACCUGUCUGAGGACGGCGACCGGGGACGCUGGGUCCCGUGCGCGUCACCACCCGGGGCGGCCGAGGAGUUGGGGUACCCCACGCUCUGCUCCGGCUGGUGCGACGCGGAGCCGGGGGCGUGGGCCGGGGACGCCCGCCGGGAGCUGCCGGGGUGGGAUCGGGGGGAGCAGGCGCUGGAGGAGCCCGUGGCGGCGGGCGGGGGGCUGCUCAUCUGCGGCACCUGCGGGCAGAACUUCGAGGACGAGGCCGGGCUGAGCGCGCACCAGGGCGAGCACCUGCGCCCGGCGCCUUCCUACCAGUGCGGCGCCUGCGGCAAGGCUUUCCGCCACCACCGCAACCUCCUGACGCACAAGAAGCACCGGGGCCGGCGCCGGCACGCCUGCACGGAGUGCAGCAGGACCUUCUGCUUGAAAGGGGACCUGCUGCGGCACCGGGCGAGCCACGGCGGCGAGGGCGGCUACGCCUGCCCGCUCUGCGGGGACAGCUUCCGCCACAAGCGCGACCUGCAGGCGCACCGCAAGGAGCACGCCGGCGCCGCGCGCCCCAGGUGCCCCGAGUGCGAGAAGUGCUUCGAGGACGAGGCCAGCCUGAGCCGGCACCGGGCCGCCCACUGCGAGGAGCGACCCUUCCUCUGCGGGCGCUGCGACCGCAGCUUCAGCUGGAAGGAGAGCCUGAUCAUCCACCAGCGCAGCCACGCGCAGGAGCGCUCCCACAAGUGUCCCGACUGCGGCCGCGGCUUCAGCCGCAGCGGCAACCUGCUGGUGCACCAGCGGGUGCACACGGGCGAGCGGCCCUUCGCCUGCGCCCAGUGCGACAAGUCCUUCUGCAACAAGGCCAACCUCAUCACGCACAAGAAGCUGCACCGGCGCUACAAGACCUUCGCCUGCGCCCAGUGCCGGCUGGGCUUCAGCUCCAAGAGCAAGCUGCUGCUGCACCAGCGGGCGCACGCAGAGGGGGACGGCGGCGGGACCCCGGGGACAGGGGACGAGCCGGCGGGCUGCCGGGGGACCCCCGCCACCACCCACUCCCGUGGGUGCUGCUGA